ACAAAAAACCAUCAUGGCCGCCGAGUUGUUGAGUCGAGGAAAUGAUGAAUUUGUCAACGAAAAUUACCAAAAAGCACUGGAGCUUUACACAGAGGCGCUCACUAAAGAACCUGACAAGGAGGAAGCAUACUCUCACAGAGCACAAGUCUACAUCAAGUUAGAACAAUUUAAGGAGGCAGAACAAGAUUCUGAAAAGGCCAUUGAACUUAAUCCAAAGAACAGCAAAGCUUAUUUCAGGAAAGGGACUGCUUUAUUCCACCAGGAGAAGUAUGCUGCUGCAAAAGAAUGUCUUGAAAUUGGUUUAUCAUUAAACACUGAAGACAAUAGUAUGAAAACACUUCUAUGGAAAUGUGAGGCAGAAAUUGACUUGUGCAGGUCAGAACAGUCCCAGGGACAAUCACAGAUUUCCAUAGGUACUUCCUCAAUAAGCCCUUCCACCAAAGCUGGUGUUCCUAACAUAACCUCUCAGGAUAUCACCGAUCCUACUGUUACACCGUCCUCCAAUAGUACAUCUCAAGACGUCACCAUGCCAACAGGGCCACGUACCAGGUAUGACUGGUAUCAGACGGAGACCAUGGUGAUAAUCACAGUCAUGAUAAAGAAAGUUCAGAAGGAAGAUUGUCACAUAGACAUCAACGAACAAUCUGUGAGUGUAUGUAUUAAACUACCCACAGGCAGCGACUACACCCUGGAACUUGAUCUAGCUCACAAAAUCCUACCAGAAAAAUCCCUGUACAAAAUCAUGUCUACGAAGGUUGAGAUAAAACUAAAGAAGAUAGAAGGAGUGCGCUGGAGCAGGCUAGAAGAUGAUGGCUCAUCUACUCAAAACAUCAAACAACCUUCAUUACCAAUGGACACACAUUCCGAGGGUGACCAUGCUAACAAAUACCCGUCCUCCAGCCAUUACACGAAAGAUUGGGACAAACUGGUGACGGACAUCGCUAAAGAGGAGAAAGAGGAAAAGCCGGAGGGCGAUGCAGCACUUAACAACCUGUUUCAGAAAAUCUACGGGGAUGGUUCUGACGAAACAAAGAAAGCAAUGAUGAAAUCCUUUUACGAGUCUGGAGGAACUGUGUUGAGUACAAACUGGAAUGAGGUUGGUAAAGACAAGGUGGAUGUUAAACCCCCCGACGGUAUGGAAUACAAAAAGUGGGACACGUAAUGCUACAUCCACAGACAUCAUCUGAAGGCUGCUGUUAUCUAGACUUGUUUCCAACGACAGAUAUGUUAUUCAAACUGUUUUCGAUACAAUGUCUAUUGGUUGUUGUUUGAUCAUCUUACACGGAGUUAAUCACUGAUGUGUUGUAAGCUCCUGAAUAUAAAGUUUCAAUUUACUUUCCUGGUCCUGAAUGUAAAUCUUCUCUUCACCUCUUCUCCAAAGGUGUAGUUAACGUACAUGGAGUUUAUUUAAGUAUACAUAUACUUACAUGUUGCCAAACGGCUGGCGCCAUGGAAAUACCUGUCAUUUCUUGGGAUAUAUCGAGGGUAUCCAUUGAUGAAAUAUUUGAUUUGGAUUAAGAAAGUAUUAAAUUUAUUGUUUAAAUUAUGCGAUUCCUUUUCGAGUCAUGUCGUUUUUACGAUAGGAUUUCUGUGUGUAUUUUAUUCAUCUGACCAACUUCGUUUUCAUUUCCACCAAUGAAUUGUAAUAGAAUCUUCCCUCGUAAUUAUCUUGCAUUUAGUCACCACAAGUCAUGUUGUCCCUUUGUGUAGCGACUAGAAGGGUAACUCCGUUCUGUGUAACGUUUGCCCACUAUAUCCCAACAGUUGCCAGGUACUGACCGUAGGCCGGUGGUUUUUCUCCGGGUACUCCGGCUUUCCUCCACCUCCAAAACCUGGCACGUCCUUAAAUGACCCUGGCUGUUAAUAGGACGUUAAACAAAAAAAAAAAAAAAAACAAACAAACAAACCAAACCAAACCCAACAGUCUAACGACCUAAUUCAUUUUAGCCCAGGGCUACUUUAUAGUGCCAAGUCUUCGCUGGCGGUGUGGUAAAUUUACAAUAUCGGACAGUAUUACCAGUUUGUGGUGUCAGUGAGAUAAGAAACACCACAUCAUCGAGGUUUAGUAUUUUCUAUCCGAGUAUUUCAAUGUUUACUUCUCGAUAAAAUGUAUUAUUUAUGACUGAAUAACAUUAAAUAAAGUAUGCUCAAACAUUA